UGCUAACAUGCUAAUGUUAAGAAGCUAUACUAUUUACAGUGCUCACCAUCUUAGUUUAGCAUGCUAACAUGCUAAUGUUAAGAAGCUAUACUAUUUACAGUGCUCACCAUCUUAGUUUAGCAUGCUAACAUUGUCUAACUAGCAAUAAACAAAGUACAGCUGAGGCUGUGUUAUGAUUUCCUCCAUCAAGGAAUAUUUUAUGGUUUCACAUAUAUCCAGGUAGCUAACUGUGUGGAUGAAGAUGCUGGUUUGUCGGCUCACCACCGUUCAGACUGAAACAUCUGAGGCUGCAGAUAAAGACUGCAAUAAUAUUUUAACAGGCUGAUUCUUCUGUUACUGAAUUACUAGAACUACCCGUGGCACGUACACACUCUCUUUCAACAUGUUGUCUAUUCACAAGUAUAAAAGCUUUGAUCAAUCCAGAGAUUGCACACAAAUUCAAUCUUAAAUGAGCUGAAUGCAAACAAACUGCUCAGACUUUGUAGAGAGCAGUUUCUUCUCGGUUGAGGAAGUCGACCACGCCAUCGGUAAAUUGAUCAUGGCUGCAGUCGGAGCAGAGGUCACAGACUUCUGGUUCCAGUCAUCAGGAGUCAUCAGUUUCUUCAUCCUCCUCCUCCUCCUCUCCAUCUUCCUCACAGCUCUCUGCAGCGAGUGCAGCAGACGUUCGUUUCAGCUGCAGGAUCAGGAGCAGAGGAAUCCUUCAGCUCUCAUCAAAGUGGUGAAGCUGGAGGAGGUGGCGAGGGAGAAUCCUAUGAUCAGUGAGAUCCAGAAUGAUGAGAAAGAGUUUGAUCGUGAUGAAGGAAACUCGUUCACUCCCUGGAGGAGCCACCUGGGGGCGCCACAGCACCAAGAUCAGACCAAUGGCAGCGUAGCAGUGAAGACAGGAAGUGAUCCGGACGCUGUUGACGGGUCAAAUCCUGAGGCGGAGAAGUCCGUCACGUUCACUCCAUGGAGAAGCCACCUGAGGGAGCCACAGAACACAGAUCUGAACAGCUUCACCCUUCCCGACUCCGCCCACAUCUACCACACCGUUGGAGGACGCCGGAGCAGUGGCGACGUGUUAUCGCAGCCAACCGAUGACGAGCCGGGGGACGAGAGCGGCGGGGCAGAUCUGAGCAACCGCGACAGGAAUUCGGUGUACGCGAAAGUCAGCAAGAGGGUGAGAACGACCUCGCCGCCUGUCCUCACACCUGAGGUACAGGUGGAGGAGGAGGAGGAGGAGGAGGAGUCUUCACCCCCACUGCCCGACAGGAAGUCGGCGCUGGAAGGAUGAUGAUGAUGAUGAUGAAGGACUAAAGGACAAAUCAUGAAAGACUGAAGAUGAAGGACAAACAACAAAGAAUGAAAAAGGAUAAAGGAGGAAAGAAGGAUGAAACAUGAAAGUGUAAAACAAAUGAUGAAGGAUGAAGGAUUUAACGUCUGCAGGAUGAAGACAAAUUACAAAAUAGGAAAGACAAAGGACAAAAGAAGAGACAAGGAUAAAGGAUGAAACAUGAAAUAAAAGAUGAAGAAGGAAAAGAAAUGAAAAUGAAAGACAUGGAUGUGCAGAUAGAGGAUGAAAGACAGAAACUAUAUAAAAUGAGUUUGUGCUUUAAAAACGUGCGACAAACAGUCAGUUUUUCUUGCUGUAAUCAUUCCUCCUGUUCAUACUGACCAUCAGAAGAUCCCUUCAU